CGAAGUCGGCGUGACGGAUAGCGUACGGAAAGGCGCUGUGAGGAGAUUGUAUAGUUAUUGUCGUGGGAAAUUAAUAUAUGUACAUAAACACUGAAAGGCGGCAUCAUGGCGUUUUACGAGUAUGUCACCAAGGAACAGCUGGCUGGCUUCGACAAGUACAAGUACAGCGCUGUGGACUCCAACCCCCUGUCCGUCUACGUCAUGCACCCGUUCUGGAACUCUGUCGUCAAGGUGUUGCCCACCUGGCUGGCUCCUAACCUCAUUACCUUCACCGGGUUCAUGUUCCUUGUCCUCAACUUCCUCAUGCUGGCGUUUUACGACUUUCACUUCUACGCCUCAGCUGAAGGUCAGAUCCACGUGCCAAGCUGGGUGUGGGUGGCGGCCGGCAUCUUCAACUUCCUGGCGUACACCUUGGACGGCGUGGAUGGCAAACAGGCUCGGAGGACCAACUCGAGCACGCCACUAGGGGAGCUGUUUGACCACGGCCUGGACAGCUGGGCCUGCAUCUUCUUUGUGGCCACGGUCUACUCCAUCUUCGGCAGGGGGGUGACGGGCGUGGACGUGUCCAAGCUCUACUACAUCCUGUGGGUGGUGCUGUUCUCCUUCAUCCUCUCCCACUGGGAGAAGUACAACACCGGCAUCCUCUUCCUGCCCUGGGGCUAUGAUGUCAGCCAAGUGACCAUCUCCAUUGUGUACAUCAUAACUGCCGUCGUGGGCGUGGAGACGUGGUACAUCCCUCUGGUGUGGAACUUCCACUACAGGGACCUGUUCACCAUUAUGAUCCUGGGUUGCUCCUUUGCCGUGACCCUUCCCAUGAGCCUUUACAACGUCCUCAAGGCGUACCGGGGUAACACGCUGAAGCACAGCUCCCUGUACGAGUCGUUCCUGCCCUUCCUCUCGCCGGUGCUCCUCUUCCUCCUCUCCACGCUCUGGGUGCUGCUGUCCCCCACCGACGUGCUCCAGCACCAGCCCCGAAUCUUCUACCUCAUGGUGGGCACAGCCUUCGCCAACGUCACGUGUAAGCUGAUAGUGUGCCAGAUGAGCAACACGCGAUGCCAGCCCCUGAGCUGGCUGCUGCUGCCCAUGAGCGGGGUGGUGCUGCUGGUGGCGUCCGGCCUCGCCACGCACACCGAGACCCUGCUCCUCUACGCCUGGACCUCCGCCGUGGUGCUGGCGCACAUCCACUACGGCGUCUCCGUGGUGCACCAGCUCAGCGACCACUUUGACAUCUACGCCUUCUCGCUGCGGAAGCCCCGCUCCGAUUGACUAGAGGAGGAGAAGAUCGGCCUGCAGACCGCGGAGGUUUAGACUGUCCCAGCAGCCCUCCGCACGCCACACCCAUCACCACGGACACCGAUGAACAUUCCCACGAGGAGACCCACCAUCCCCGGCCACCGCGUCCUCCCCGCCCUCCUCCACAGUUGUCUGCCAAUUGGGAGGUCUGGCUCUUUCCGUUGUUUCAGAUUUUAUUUAUUUAUUUAUUUUCAUUUUUUUUUUUUUUUUUUUUUUUCAAUCCACCCCCCCCCCCCGGUUAUAAAAGAUAUGAAGGUUUUGCUGGUUUCCUGAGGAUUUCUGCAGCUUUAGUUUCCGACACCCUGGUCAGCCCAGUCAUCCCACAAUGCACCUCUCCUCUUCAACAGGACGUGUGAAUGUAACGCGUGUUUGCCUUGGAGAAAUGUCCUUGGUUGUCACGGUUUUGGUUUGGAUUGGGCCGCGUUUCUAAAGCCAGGCGGAACAUCCGUUUGUCUUCAUGGUUUUCCCUCGUUUCCAUUCAGACCAAAUGCAAACUGAACGCGUGUUAGCACAACGCAGGACUGGGCUGAACAGCAACAACAAAAGUCACUGGAUUCAACAAAAGAAGCGGAGUUUGAGUUGAAGGCAAGAAGACAACUUUCAGCAACUGUUUGGUUUUUUUUUCCCUCUAUAUUAGCCGGGAACCCGAUGACGAAGCUUACUUUAAGUGCAGUAUUUCUGCCUUAAAUCUGGACAGAUUCUGUCAACUUAGUUUGUCAUAUUAUUUCUCCAGUGGACUGCAGUGGGAACUGAAUAUCUCGGUUGAACGGUCAUGUUCAUAGUCAACCUUCAAGCUUAAAUCAGCCGAAGUCAAAAGAUUGCACAGGUUCGUUUAUUUCAGUUGAAAUCACAGACUGAAUCUUGAAUCGAGUUUCAAAAAUGUCCAGUGGUGGUGUGUCUGCUUGCCGGUUUUCUUACACACCCUAAUUCCUUUAAUUUUAUUUUCCUUUUGGAAAAACCUCUAGUCGGCUUUAUUGAGUUUAGUUUGUGCUUGAAUGAAGAGUUCACCUCAAACCCAAUCCUGGACAGGGUUAACUCUGAAGAAACAAGCACGGUUUUGCACCGUUAUUUAAACAAGAUAAACCACUGGUGUUCUGCUUGUAAACAUGUCUGAUGUCUGUACAUGUCUGAGUUAAUACUGUCAUUAUUUUUGCUUAGUUGUGUACUAUUCUUGUCAAGAGGGUGAGAGUUGGUCAAAGAUGUGUUGGUGUUAAGUUGAUAUGUUGCCAUAGAUUCAGUUCCAUUACUGUGAACUGGAAUACAUCAACACUUGUGUAUAUACAUUUCAUUUUCUCUUUUAUAGAUAUGACUUCAAUUAAAACAACUUAAAUUUCAUCACAAAAUUCCCUAAAAAAUUCUAUAUCAUGGUAAUAUUUUUGAGAAGUAUUUUCAAACUUGAAGCAGUGACUUGUUUAAGGGUAAUGUCCAAGACAUCACCUCAUCAGUGUUGUCAAAGUGAAGGGGGUCAUUUCGUUUCAAUUGUUCACGGAAAUUGUAGCCAGAUGGUUGAAGGCAAUUUGCGUGGUCUUUCGGGGUUAAACUAACGGUGCACAGGGCAUCAAAUUGCCGGAACGGCAUAGAAAGGGCGGUUAAUGUCAGCUGGGAGUAUUUGGCAUUCUCAAUGUUUUCAUGGUAAAGAUCGUUAGAUUAGUCACCAUUUAUCUAACUUUAAUUCCUUAACCUAUGUACCAUGGAAAUGUACACUUGAUAAAUGUACUGUAUAUUACAUUUCAGUAGUCAAAUUAAUAUAUAACCAUAAAAGCAGCAGUUGUGUAGAUGACCGCUUUCAUGACACCUGACAGUUAAUGACAAUUGUGCCUUUACUCUUUCUCCUCCACAAGGGGGCACUGUUUUGCCUUCCCUCAGUGAGGACUGGGCAGCUGCUGCCUCCAAGACUGCAAACAGCAGGUCCGCCCGCAGGUUCAGCUCCGCCAACCACAGAUGAUGUGUACAUACCUCUCUGCAAGCAGUUUUUAUUUAAUGUAUUUUUAUCAAAUUUAUCUCCAGCUAUGUUAUAAGCUAGCUAGUUUGCUAAUCUGUCACUUAUUAGCUCGGGAACAAAAACGAAAAAAAAAAACGACGUUUCUUUCAAGUCGUCACUGAGGGAAGGAAGUACCUUGGGCGAGUACCAUACCUUAGCUACGUGAUGUGCCACUGUGGGGGUAAGGGUUUGGGGGAGUCUUCCUGUGGACGCCCUGUAAAAUGAGCUUAUGCUCAUUUUGUGUGACUUAGUGUGAAAGACUACAGUCGAAACUGUACCCGGGAGGGGGAGGAAGGCCCAAGCUGUUUCUGUUGGGCAGGAAUAGAAACACGCCCCACUACUUCUGCUGUUUCAGAAGGGCGUUUCUUACCAUUUCACAAGAAAAUCAACAGGAUUUUAAAUUGGAAUAAAGCCGCUCGGUUUAUACGUCAUGCA